CUUUCUUGUUGUAUCUUGUCUUGAUAUCAUAUCACCAUCUUGUAUACUCGAGCGAGAGCAUUGAAGCGGCUUGCCGACAUGUCGUCCGAGGAGGAAAAGCAGCCCCCCACGAUGGGCGCGUCCGAUGUGUCGCCCCCCAAUUCGGCCGGGUCGGAGCCGGCGGAUACGCUGCCCAUCGACCCCAAAGCGGAGAGCAAGCUAGUUCGGAAACUCGAUCUCAUCGUCUUCCCCUGCUUCUUCGUCAUUUUUACGAUGGCCUUUUUGGAUCGCAUUAAUAUCAGUAAUGCCGCCAUUCAGGGCCUCACCGCGGAGCUUCACCUCGAUGUUGGAACCCGCUUUAACGUCACCCUCUUUGCCUACUAUGCGUCCUAUGUACUUCUCGAGGUGCCGUCUAAUAUGAUUAUUAAAAAGGUUCGGCCCUCGCUUUAUAUCUCGGGCCUUAUGUUUACUUGGGGCAUUAUUAAUAUGUGUAUGGGAUUCGUGCACUCAUAUGCCGCCCUUAUCGCACUGCGCGUCUUGCUCGGCGCCUUUGAGGCCGGUGUGCUCCCGGGUAUCGUCUACGUUACGUCUAUGUACUAUAAGCGCCACGAGUACCAGAAGCGCAUGUCCUUUUUCUUCUGCAGUACUGUCGUGGCCGGUGCUUUUGGCGGCCUGCUCGCGUACGCUAUUGCCGGCCUUAGCCGCCCCGGGAUGGCGGCCUGGCGGUGGAUCUUUAUUAUCGAGGGCGCCAUUACGUCGGGGCUCGCCCUUAUCCUAUCCUUUUUCAUUAUCGACUGGCCCGACCAGACUCGUUACCUCAACGCCGAGGAGAAGGAGCUCCUACGCCGACGCAUGGCCGCCGACGUCAGUCAUGUUUGCCGCAUGGAUAUUCUCAAUAAGUUUGCCAUACAACGCAUUCUCCGCGACUAUAAGAUUUGGCUCGCUGCCUUUAUCUAUAUGGGUGUAUCGGUAGCCGGUCUCUCGGGAACCUUUUUCUUGCCGACUAUCCUGCUUGAGUUUGACUGGAAGGCCGAAGAGGCGCAGGUCCGCACUAUCCCCGUCUACGUCUUCGCCGCGGGCAUGAUGUUGAUCGGCGCGUGGGCGUCGGACCGCCUUAAGCACCGAUUCGGCUUUAUCUUUGGCGGCGCGUGCCUAUCGACUAUUGGAUACGCCAUGCUGCUCACCCAGGAGGGCAAGUCGCGCGACUAUAAGUUCGCCGCCGUCUUCCUCGUCUUUGGUGGCGCGUAUAUGAUUACGCCUAUGUGUCUAGUCUGGCUGCAGAAUAACCUCUCGGGCCAUUGGAAGCGGUCGUUUGGCGCCUCGAUGCAGGUCAUGAUUGGUAAUCUCGCGGGCAUUAUCGGCGCCUUUAUCUUCAUUAAGGAGGAGAAGCCGCUCUAUAAGACGGGCUAUGGCGUUGCCGUGGGCAUGAUGUGGUUCGGCGCUAUCUGCGCUACUAUUAUGGCCGGGCUUAUGUGGAGGGAGAACCGCAAGAGGGAUAAGGGCGAGCGCAACGACCGCCUCUCGCUACCCGAGGACGAUAGGCUCAAUAUGGGCGACUGGCACCCGAGCUUCCGAUUCACCCUAUAA